CAUGGCGGACUGGAACAGAGGUAUGUCUGUGGACACGUAUUCACUAGUAUGUUUUCAGCCGUAACAUGUCAGCAGUAGCAGCAGCAGGUCAGAGCGGAGGUGACAGCGGUGUGACGGAGUGUUUCACCCCAAUGACAGGCGGUCAGUUCCCGGUCUGACUCUGGAGCCUUUUCCUCAGCUAGCAGGCUAACUAGCUGGGCACUUCCAGGUUUGCUGUGCUAACGUCGAACAGCUCUGGAGCUUCACCACCAUGAAUGCAGAGGUUUAGCUACAACGUUGAAUUUGUAAAGAAUAAGAUGAGUCAUGGCGCUGUUGACGACAUGCUCGAUGCUGAGAACAAGCGAAUGGCUGAGAACCUGGUCACCAAGGUCUCCAGACUAAAAUCUCUGGCGUAUGACAUCGACAGAGAAGCUGAUGAUCAGAACGAGUACUUGGACAACAUGGACUCAAACUUCCUGAGUGCAACGGGCCUGCUGAGCGGCAGCGUAAAGCGUUUCUCCACCAUGGUCCGAUCCAGCAGAGACAAUCGUCGCAUCCUCUGCUACGUUUCUGUGGGACUGGUCCUGGUCUUCUUCCUGCUCUACUACCUGAUCUCCAGGAUCCAACGCUGACGUGAUGACCAGAUCAGGAGCUGAUGUGGAAGGGACGCUUUCGACUCUGACGUCCCAUCUGAUAGUUUAAAUCAUCUCUGUGGUAUUCCUGCACAGGAAAACACUUUUAUUCUACACCAAAGUGAGAAAACAAACUGGAAAAAGACAAGAAACAUUAAGUUGAGUUGUUGAUGUGACCAGCGAUGGGUUUCGGAAGCUGUUGCACUCGUGGUCAUAUCGGCGAUGCUGGAGUCUCUCAAGAAACAAAAAGGACACGUCUGGUAUUCAGGGAUUUCUGCUUUACACUGCCCCCGGCCUGUAUUGUUGCAAGCCAGGAAGUCCUAAUCUGAGCAAAGAGAGGGUGGAGCCUGAAUGUAGGCGGGAAAGAUAUCUGCCCCAGCUGAGCAGAUUGUGAUAGGCUGAUGAACCGGUCAGUUAACUCACCCCAGAUAUAUACAAAUACAGAGAGGCUGUCUCAGUUCCAGACUACAUAGCAAUUGAAAGCAGUGUUUGAAUUUCAGCUAGUCUGUUCACUACUGUAAAAUUGAGCCAAAUAAUAUAUUACAAACUUAAAAUGUGCUGUGUUGUCAAUUGCAAAGGAAUUGAAAACUCACAGCUCAAAAGUAAUCGUAAUGCAAAUGUGAAUUUUGGUGGUGACAUGGCCAAAGAAAGUUCAAGAAACAGACGUCUUUUUCUUUGCAAAGUUUCAUUGAAAGUCUUAUUCAAAGGUUAAAGUUGAUUGAGCAGAUUUAUUUUUUCUAUCAGUACAUAAACGAAAAAGGUCUUUAUGUAUGUUUUGUAGCAGUACAAGCGUGUAUGUAUGUAUGUAUGUAUAUAUAUAUAUAUAUAUAUAUAUAUAUAUAUAUAUAUAUAAUUUAUAGUAUGCACUGUCUGCUGAUUUAUAUGUUGUGUGGAACUGGGACAAAGCAGGUGAUUGUUUGACAGUAUAUUGUGUUGACACAUGGGUACAGUUGAUUGACAGGAAAUAGGGCUAUAGUUGGUUUGAUACAACAUUCAAACACCAGUGUGUUUCAGUUUCCAUUAAUCUUUAUGAGCAGUUGGAGUUCAGUGUGUGUAUGUCGCUCAGCUCGUUUCCUUCUAAUCAUUAAUAUUAUGUCUUGAUACCAGUCCUGUUCAUAGUUUCCAGACCUUUUGUUAAUCACAUUUUGUUUUGUGUCUUUUGUUCCUCAUCAGUUGGUGAAAGAGACUGGGGAAAAUGUAUUCUUUUUAACAUUCACAUUCCUGACGCUGAUCAGCUGUAGCAGACAUUAGGUAUUAUUAAUACAUAUGCAAUAAAUUGUUUUAUUUGUGGAUCUUGUUUGGGAUGAUUUCCUCUUUUUUUCAGAGAUUCAUUAUGGUUCUGGUCAUUAUUACCUUUUUAUCAAAAUAAAACAGUCCUCCAUAAAAUGUAUAUUUUAUAUGUCAUGGAAAUAUUUAUGAUGACUGUUAGAGAAGACAGGUUUUAUUUUUAUGUCUAAAUGAAAACAAAUCAAAAUUCAAUAAAAAAACUCUUUAAGACUUCAA